AUGGAUAAACCCCAAAUGAUCGAACAUUUACAGCAAUCGGUGAACUAUACUGUCUACGAUACCAAAUGGAUACCAUGUUCCGCGAAGUUUGCGGUGUUGGGCUCCAAACCCAAUGGCCAGGGUAUUUUGGAGAUAUACGAACUGAAUGAAAACAAAUUGGAAAAGGUGAAGACAAUUGAAAAGAAAUCGGCCUUUAAGUGUGGCAGUUUUGGUGCUGCCUCGCUAAGGAAUCGGCACAUGGCCAUUGGAGAUUUUCAGGGGAGAUUACAGGUUUUGGACCUGGAACGUCCCGACAUCCCCGUCUACAAUGUGGAGGCCCAUUCGAGCAUUAUCAACUGCAUUGAUGCCAUUGGCGGUAAACAGUUGAAUUGUGGAGCCCCGGAAAUUGUCACCGGCAGCCGUGAUGGUUCGGUGAAAGUUUGGGAUAUACGUCAGGGUAUGGCCCCCGUUGUUGAUAUGACACCGGAAACAGAUGUCACCUCCACAUCGACACCAAAUACCUCCCCCAAACGUGACUGCUGGGCAGUGGCAUUUGGCGACAGCUAUAACAAUGAAGAACGUUGUGUGGCAGCCGGUUAUGAUAAUGGUGAUCUGAAGCUCUUCGAUUUACGCCAAGUAUCCGUACGUUGGGAAACUAGCCUGAAAAAUGGCAUUUGCGGUAUUGAAUUUGAUCGUCGUGAUAUCGCCAUGAAUAAAAUGGUUGUGACCACACUGGAGGGAGGCCUCUUGGUUUAUGAUAUGCGUACACAACAUCCCACCAAAGGUUUCAGCUGUUUGGAAGAACGCAACGCAGGCCGUUCGGUCGGCUCAAAUGGUGUUAUAACAGGCCCUAAGGCAACGGUGUGGUGUGUCCGACAUUUACCCCAAAAUCGUGAUAUAUUUGUAACAUGUGGCGGUACGGGGUCAUUGCGUCUCUGGAAUUAUCAAUAUCCCGAGAAACGUGUGAAGGAAGAUCCGACAGAUGGUUAUAACGUUGGGGUGGUGGGUUCACUGGAUAUGCUAAAUGCCUCAACAAUAUCAACACAACCGGUUCACUGUUUCGAUUGGCAUCCCGAUAAAAUGGGUCUGGCCGUGUGCGGGGCGUUUGAUCAAAGUGUUAGGGUAUUGGUGACAACGAAACUUAAUUUAUAUUAGUCGUAAUUU